CGUUGCCGGGAUGGUGGGCGUGAAGGUGGUCGCCAACGACGCCGAGUUCCAGAGCGAGCUGAGCGCGGCCGGGUCCCGCCUGGUGGUGGCCAAGUUCACGAUGAGGGGAUGUGGGCCAUGUUUAAGGAUAGCUCCUGCUUUCAACUCUCUGAGCAAUAAAUAUCCCCAGGCGACCUUUUUGGAAGUCGAUGUACAUCAGUGCCAGGGAACAGCAGCAACCAAUAAUAUAUCAGCCACCCCUACAUUUCUUUUCUUCCGGACCAAAGUGCGAAUCGACCUGUAUCAAGGCGCUGACGUUGUGGGGCUAGAAGAGAAAAUCAAACAGCACCUAGAGAAUGACCCUGGAAACAAUGAGGAUACUGAUAUUCCAAAAGGAUAUAUGGAUUUGAUGCCGUUCGUCAACAAAGCUGGCUGUGAAUGCCUUAACGAAAGUGACGAACAUGAGUUUGAGAACUGUUUACGUAAAGACCCUUCUUACCUGGAAUCGGACUGUGAUGAGCAGCUGCUUAUUACAGUAGCUUUUAACCAGCCUGUCAAGCUUUAUUCUAUGAAAUUUCACGGGCCUGAUAAUGGUCAAGGUCCCAAGUACAUAAAAAUCUUUAUCAACCUCCCCCGAUCAAUUGAUUUUGAAGAAGCGGAAAGAAGCGAGCCCACUCAAGCUCUGGAACUAUCGCCAGAGGAUAUCAAAGAAGAAAGUAUUAUCCAGCUUCGCUAUGUAAAGUUUCAGAAUGUUAACAGUGUAACUUUAUUCGUCCAGUCCAAUCAAGGAGAUGAAGAGACAACGAGAAUCACGUAUUUCACAUUCAUCGGCACGCCAGUCCAAGCGACAAACAUGAAUGAUUUCAAGCGGGUGGUAGGCAAGAAAGGAGAGAGCCACUAGGAUUAUGAGGAAAACACUGGAAGGCCUUAUCGCAGUCAACACGAGAUCGUCACGUGUAUCUCAGACUCCUGCGGAACUGCUUGACCCGACUCAAGAGAGACUCUCAGUCUGUUCCAUUUUAAUACCAUUACAAAUAAAUCGCUGCAUUUUGUUAGUACGGGAAUUCACUCAAGUGUUUACUGUUGUAAUCUUGGGACGUGAAUUUGUAAAUAAAAUUCAUUAAUUUUGCCAAG